AUGUCGACCGUAGGGUACGGAGACAUCUACUGUACCACGUUGUGUGGCCGCAUUUUCAUGGUGUUCUUCAUCCUUGGUGGCCUUGCUAUGUUUGCCAGUUAUGUGCCGGAAAUCGCCGAUCUCAUAGGAAAUCGACAAAAAUAUGGCGGAGAGUAUAAAGGAGAACACGGGAAAAAACAUAUCGUUGUAUGCGGUCAUAUCACUUACGACUCGGCGAUGUUCGCCAGUUAUGUGCCGGAAAUCGCCGAUCUCAUAGGAAACCGGCAAAAAUAUGGUGGCGAGUAUAAAGGAGAACACGGGAAAAAACAUAUCGUGGUAUGCGGACAUAUCACCUACGACUCGGUUAGCCAUUUUUUACAAGAUUUUUUGCAUGAAGAUCGAGACGAUGUUGAUGUCGAGGUGGUCUUCUUGCAUAGGUGA